AUGGGACAGUGGGUUAGACUGAGUUGCCUUCUAUUGGUGUUACUGGUCUCUGGCCCAGAGUUGGUGGUUUCCAGGAAGCAUGUCCUAGCCAGGAAUCGGAGACAGUAUGACUCCUGGUGGGGGAGGACACAGUCUGGUUUGGGGUCCUCCAGGCUGAAUGUUGGGGUGGUGGGUCAGUCCAGACAGCUGCAGACUUCUGUCCAGAAUCCUAUUAGCGUGCAAUGUAUGGAGGACACAAUGGUGGUAAUUGUAAAGAGGGAUCUCUAUGGAAAUGGGCGGCUGGUAAAAGCCUCUGAUCUGAGACUGGGUCCCAGGCAGUGUAUUCCAAGCUCCCAGAGUACAGCAACUACGGUGAUCUUCCAGCAGGGGCUGCAGGACUGUGGCAAUACCUUACAGACGACUUCUGACUGGCUGAUCUACAGCACAAACUUGACCUACAGUCCGACUCCUUCCAGGAACAGCCCAAUCAUCCGGACCAACUCUGCUGUGAUUCUCAUCCGGUGCUUCUACCACAGACAUGGAAAUGUGAGCAGCAAUGCCAUCAAACCAACAUGGAUUCCCUACAGCUCCACCAUAUCUGCAGAGGAACAUCUGUCCUUCUCGUUGAAGCUGAUGAAUGAUGACUGGAGUGCCCCACAGACCUCUACAGUGUUCACUUUAGGUGACAUCUUCCACAUAGAGGCUUCUGUGGACACCACAAACCAUGUGCCUAUGAAGAUCUUCGUUGACAGCUGUGUGGCGACAUUAUCCCCUGAUGCCACCUCCAGCCCUCGUUAUGAGAUCAUUACUCAGAAUGGGUGUUUGUUGGAUGGCAAGCAGGAGGAUUCGUCCUCUGCCUUUAGAUCCCCGAGGCCCACACCAGACCGGCUCCAGUUCACAGUUGAUGCCUUCAGAUUUGUUGGAUCUGAUAACUCAAUGGUCUACAUCACCUGUAACCUGAGAGCUGUUGCAGAGAACCAGGUACCUGAUCCCAUGAACAAGGCCUGUUCCUUCAGAAAAUCCACCAACCUAUGGAUGGCUGUGGCAGGCACUAGUGGGAUAUGUAGCUGCUGUGAUAGUAUGACCUGUGCUACUGCAGGUCAGAGCAGGCGUUUUGGGUCUCUCUAUCCUGGCCAGAGUAGAAUUGGCAAAAGAGAAGCUGAUCCUGUGCAAGAACAUAAAGUGACCACACUGGGACCUCUGCUGGUGAUCAGCACAGAACAGAGCCAGGCCCACACUGUGACUCCUGUAUCUAGCCUUGUGCAGCUAUGGGUGGUGGUGGCUUUUGUCUCUUUGAGUCUUGUCAUACUCACAGUUUUUGGCAUAGUUGGGAAGCUCCCCUUCAAACUAAAUUGUCGGAAAGCAGGUUUGAAAUAAACA